GCUGCGUAUGCGUAAAAGUGGGCCAAAAUGUUCCUCGUCCUGCUCCUGGGGCUCUACGUGGCCACAGGUGAACUUGUCUCCCCAGUGAGCUCGUGUCCGUCGCAGUGCAGCUGUUUUUACCACAACCUGAGUGAUGGAUCAAAGGCCAGGAGCGUGAUUUGCAAUGAUCCCGAUAUCUCUCUUGUGCCUGUCGGGUUCCCUGUCGACACGUCCAAGCUGCGAAUUGAAAAGACGGCCAUCCAACGAAUACCAAGCGAAGCCUUCAACUACCUCUCCAGUCUGGAAUUCCUGUGGAUGUCUUUCAACACGCUGUCCGCCUUGAACCCGGACAGUUUCCGGGGACUGUACAACCUGGAAGAGCUUCGUCUGGACGGGAAUGCCCUCACCGCCUUUCCCUGGGAAUCUCUUAUGGAUAUGCCCAGUCUCAGACUUCUCGAUUUGCACAACAACCAGCUCACCUCGCUGCCCGCAGAAGCCACCAGUUACAUCAAAAACCUUACCUACCUGGAUCUGUCCAGCAACAGCCUGCUGACCCUGCCGGUAGAGGUGCUGUCCACUUGGCUGGCGGCAAAGCCUGUGCAAGGGCCAGAGAGCUCAAAAAUGAUACUUGGUCUCCAUGACAACCCCUGGGUGUGCGACUGUCGGCUGUACGACCUGGUCCAGUUCCAGAAGUCUCCCACUCUUUCAGUGGCGUUCAUAGACACCAGACUGCGGUGCUCAGCUCCAGAGAGUGUUUCAGGGGUUUUGUUCAGUGAUGCUGAGCUGCAGCGCUGUCAGCUCCCACGCAUCCACACAGCUGUGGCACGAGUCCGGAGUGCUCUGGGGAACAAUGUGCUGCUCAGGUGUGGGACUAUUGGAGUCCCCAUCCCAGACCUGACUUGGCGUAGGGCGGAUGGACGAGUCUUGAAUGGAACAGUCCAGCAGGAAACCUCAAAGGAGGGAAUCACCUGGUCCAUCCUCAGUGUCCCAGCAGUGUCCUAUCGUGAUUCGGGGAAGUACAUCUGCAAGGCCACAAACUAUGCGGGGAACGCUGAAGCUGUCAUUUCUCUCCUUGUCACCAAUUUACCCAAACCAGAGGGUAACCAAACCCUCAACGACAAGAGAGCCAAAGUCAAGAAACCCAACCCUGUGGGUAAAGCUGCCUACCAGGAGAAACUGGUGGCCCGAUAUGUCGUUCCAACCUCCCCUUCUUCUUCUUUUUCUUCUUCUUCUUCUUCUUCCCUGGAUUCAGGCCUUCCACCUGGUCUCGGUCCUGACCCCGGACAGGCCAGUUACAGCCUGGCUGACAGAGCCACCCCAGGGCCUGCCACCUCUUCAAACCCAGAUACCCUGCUGGAUCUGGAGAAGACUAAUCUGAGCAACCUGGCAGCCAACACCUCAUCGCUGCAGCAGGACCCAGACAGGGUGGUGCGCUCAGUCAAAGUGGUGGGGGACACAGACAAUACAAUCUCUCUGAACUGGAGAGCCCCUAAAGCAAAGAACACCACAGUCUUCAGUGUGCUGUACGCUGUGUUUGGAGAGAGGGACAUGAGGAAGAUCAAUGUAGGGGCCGGGCAAAACAGGGUCUUCAUCGAGGGGCUGGUGCCCAGGACCAAGUACAUUGCCUGUGUGUGUGUGCGGGGGCUGAUCCCAAAGAAGGAGCAGUGUGUCAUAUUUUCCACAGAUGAAGCAGCCAGUGCUACGGGCACCCAGAGGCUCAUUAACGUGAUUGUGAUCACAGUGGCCUGUAUCAUCGCAGUCCCGCUCACUGUCAUCGUGUGCUGCGGGGCGCUGAAGAGACGCAUCCAGAAAUACUGGGGGAAGAAAUCCAAGGACAUUCAAGACUCAUAUGUGACCUUUGAGACACUGUCGCCCGGCACCAAGGCUAAAGGCCUUGAGGGUGAGUAUUUGAACAGACUAAACCCAGAGGAGUCCAACAGGCUGUUGUCCGCCCGCUCAAGCCUAGACUCAGAGGCCACAGCUAAGAUAGAGGGACAGCCAAACGAGUACUUCUGCUGACAUCAUGCUCCAGCUCCGGCUCCUGCUC